CAACUGGUGAUAAGCCAACACAACUCUACACCCACUCGAAUAUCAUUAAAACUCAUGCUGUAAUACGUUUACCGUAAAAUCGUAACCUACUAUCAAGUUAUUGUUUUAUUUAUUGUUUUUGAGAAUGCCUCCUUUUUGUGAAAGUGAAUAGUAAGUUUUUGUGAUGGAGGAACUACUUCAGGACGUGUUCAAGGAAGCUACUGGGCCCAAGUUAGCCACCUUGAGGAAGGCUUGCCAGGAUGCUUUAGAGGCGCUGUGUUUACAAGAGAGCAACGCUCGCCGGCCAUGUUACGAGUUACGGCGCAUCUGCCUGCUGCCGCUCCAGAUAGCGCUGGAGAGCAAGAGACCGCGGCUGGUUACUUUCGCCUUACAGGGCUUCCAUAAAAUGCUGCGCGACGAUAGAUUCCACAGAGGAAUCGAACCCGAAGAUGACUCGCUCUGGAUGCCUUCUCAACUGCUUUGCGCCACUGCUUCCGUGAUGUACCAUUUGCCUGAUACACAGGUGCAAAUAUUCCGUAUGUAUCUCUCGCUGGCGCUGUCGCCGCGUCGCACGCUGAACGGGCGGUUGUGUGUAUGGGCCUGCGGGAGGUGCGGGGAAGCGGCCGCCGCUGCAGCGCCCGUGGCCGCCGCCGCCCGUGCCGCCGCCGCGCAAGCGCUGAGGGCAUACUGCGCACAACUGGAUGAGGAAUAUCAAGAAUUGUUCUCGGAAGGCUCGCCUCUGGGCAGGAAUCACAUAGUGGCGGUCAGCUGUUACAGCGAAGUCAUACCAGUCAUACAAUACCUGUGCAGUAGACUGUCGGAGACACAAAUGGUGCCAAAACAGAAUCCCUUAGCUUUGUUUUUCCUGGACUGCCUGCUCACUCUAAUGUCAAGCCUCUCUGAGCGCGUCAGCGGCAACUCACACUUUACCACAUUCUUGUGGCAAAAAUUCUGUCCUUCCCUUAUAUCAUUCCUGGGCACUCCAAGAGUUGACAAAAACAUAAAAUCAAGAGAACAUGAAGGCCACUUAGUAGAUGAUUCUGGAAGGGGAUCUGGAGCAUUAAACAGUGCACCAAGCUUUAACAGUCGACAAGCUAAGGCAAUUUAUAGCAUAGCCAGUCAACUCGUCCGUUUGGUGGGCUCCACUUCGAAUCUCCGACCAGUAUUGGAAGCUUUAUACCAUCGGAUGUUGUUAUACCCACCAGUAGCUCAUAGAGUAGAACCACUGAGAAGUGUACGAGAACUGCUGCACAAUCCCAAACGACUCGUGCAACUGGUUCUUUUGAAAAAGACAGACCAUCCAGAAAGGCACAGUGAUGAUAUGGCAAUCGUUAGGUUAAUAAUGGAUGGCAUUGAAGAUUGCGGUCGCAGUGGAAACCCAGAAGUGAUAGCUGCAGCCGUAGAAUGCGUUGUAUCUCUUCUUGACGCUUUAGAGAAACUAUGUGCGACUUCCGGCGAAUAUAUGGCGGCUGAUAUUGCGGCUUUGAUACUACAACAUUGGCCGAAGCUACAAGAUGCGGAUUACACGGGGCCUUUGACUUAUCAAACCCUGGCAAGAUUGCCGAGUCCAUAUCGUGACGUCGUAGCUGUUCUUCAGAACAAUGAAGAAAAAGGCCAUGAAUCUUCAGACACAUCGGGGCCAGAAAACGUGACCUCUGGUAGUGAUGGCGAAGCAGAUUCGGAUGCAGACAAUGUAUUCCUUCCAAGUCGAGCAAAUAAUCCUUCAUCACCCGAAGAAUCUGAGAAAGAAAAUGUAUCAAGAGUCAAGUCAGUACCAAAAACACUGAAUUUGGGAAGGUGCACAGUUACUGAAUGUAACGUCGACUUGGAACGCCAUAACGCAAGACAAUUCGUGAAAACAUUGCAAAACUCAUUGCUGCCCAAACUUAUAAAUCUUCGAACUUGUAUAGAGGUGGAUGAAGCUAUGCAAGAGUUCGCAUCAAAAUGCUGCCAACACAACGCGGCUCAGCCUCCAGCCACCGCUUGCAUUAUGAACGCCGAUGGAGUGUAUCUGGCUACUUACGCUGCCUUACUUCUGAAUCUACGGCAACGGCGCACUGAUUAUUACACAGGAAACAACAAACUUCAAGUGUCCAUGACGGAAGACGAAUUCGUGGAAGAGGUCCAAGGCAGCGGAGUGCUUGUGUAUUUGUCAGCAACUUGGCUUCGGGAAGUUUACCAACAAGUUUUAUCCAACGAUCUGCUUCGAGAAGUGCCUAGUGCUGACCAUCCACUACUGCAUCUUUUGUCAGAUCUCGGUGGCUUAGACCAAAGUCCAGUGAUGUCGGAUUGGCAGAAACUGAAAGAAGUGUCCAUGCUAUACAAUAAUACUGAUGAAUCGCCGCAGCAUCAAGCCAGCCUGCGUUGGGCUAGGAGAAUACUGACUUGCAUCUGGGAAUCUAUGGUGACGGUAUUAAGUGUACCUCUGACAUGUCACAAAAACCGCAAACAAAAAUUACAGGGAAUUCUGUCCAAGAAGAUAAACUCCUUUGGACGGAGAAAGCGCAUUGCCUGGGAGGCCUUGACUAUACAAUGCCUCGAAGGUUUACAUAAGGCAGCCAGAGUGAGCAACACGCUGAGUCUGCAAAAUCGUUGCAGCAGUAUUUUAGCGCUUCUUGCAAAUUCAGCCAUAUCGCAGCCUCCUAACGGCAAGAUAUUGUCGACUCACGCACUUUCCCUGGACAUAUUGAUUACAGGUGGCCUAGAGCUUGGUUCUAAAGCACCAGAAUGCUGGGAGCACAUAUUCGCCGCGUGUCAAUACGUGUCAAGCUUCGAGCACACCUUGUUCGGACAACAAGGGAACAAUGCUACACCAGUGGUGACAGUUCAUGCCGCCAGGAAUAAAACUGUGUCCGUCUUACAGACAGACGCGAAGCUUUCACUGGACGGCAGAGACGAUGAGACUUGUGUGGACGUGUUCAACUUUCUGCAGCCGGUUCUCGAAACAAACAUGAACAACGAAAUGUCCGUUUCUAAGAUUGUAGAAGCUUGCAGACAGGAGCAGGGUGGCGCGGUAAUAUCGGGCGCCGGAGCAGCCCGCGUUUGCUGCGCUUUAUCCGCUGCAGCCGACGCUUUAUUCACUCGUUUGGCCGCCACCACUACGCUGCCCGCGCUUAAGGCAGCGCUGCAGCGACUCGUGGCGCACCAACACCGUCUGUUGUUCUCGUGUUGGGACCAAGACGUAUCCAACAAUAACACUUGGUGGCGUCGCAGCGGUCACGUUGGCGGCGCGGGGGAAGCAUUACGAGCGUUGUGUAGAGGCGGAGAUGUGGCACUGCGGUGUCUAAGGGCAGCAAGACCAUUAGCACAUCGAAUGGCUAUUUGGAGCUGCUAUGGACCGCAUUUGAUGCAGGCGGCAUGCCAUAAAGACAUCCAGAUAAGCUCGAUGGCGAUCCAAUGCCUGCACGACUGCGCCACUGCGUUGCUCAGCCAACAAGUGGAACUUCCGCAUUUCCAUUUCAACGAGGCUUUACUCAAACCAUUUGAGAACCUUCUCUGUUUGGAACUCUGUGACGACGAUAUUCAGGAACAAAUAAUAUCAUGCAUCUGCGAAUUCGUAGAGACGAGCAGAAUGGAAAUCAGAUCCGGUUGGCGACCGCUAUUCAACACCCUCAGAGCAGCCAACAACUCCAACCAAUACUCCGCUAUACUGGAAAUAUUCAAAGUCUUCCUCAGUACUGAUAAUACCCUCGUGUUUGCUAAUGCUGCCCUAGACUGUAUCCUAUGUCUUCUAAGCCACAUCAAGGGGCUACAUUACGAAGAAGUACAAACGACCGAAGUCAAACCCAAGAAACCUCCUCCACAACCAAAGCCUAGCCUUAGCCUCAAGUUUUCAAAGAACAGCAAAUUUAUACCGCUUAGUGAAGAAAAGUCUGAAAAAGUUAUCGUAGAUAUGUGUAGAGAAGCACUAUAUCACUUGGAGAGUUGUGCCGAUAUAUUAACAAUGAUGUACAAUAUGCCCAAAUGUCCCAUAUUUAAUACAGGAAACAGAAUCAAGGGCGAUCUACCCUUAUCUGUAGUCGAUCCGAUAAUACCAAGUGCAUCUCUUGAUAUAACCAAAUACAUCAUAAAUGUGCCAUGUGAAGAAGAACCAAUUUCAUAUAAAAAAUUAUCAACCAGUCUGCCUCUGUCAAACACAACAAAUAACUGUUUAUUGAAAUUGGACAGACCCAGUAAUAUUCUCAAGGUGUGGUAUGUCCUGAUAGAAGGACUAAUUUCUGCUACGGUAGUGUGCUCCAAGAAAAAUCAACCAGCAGCCAUGGAGACACUUUUCAAACUUCUCAAGAAUAUCAUUGACGUACCUGGUACACAUUUUGGACUUCAUUGCAUUAAUCACCUGCUACUGCCCACAGUGCAAAAUUGGCUUCGUCAAAUAGCAAAUGUAAAUACACAUUGGGAUAGCGUGAUGCCAAACUUUAAGCAAUGUUGCGGAAUGACUACAGAUACUGUAGUAAUAUAUCUUCAUCAUUUACAACAAAUAAAUAUUGAAAGAUCAACAGGCGAUGAUAAUCCUGAUGGAGACGAUAUACAGCCAUUCGAGAGCGUUGAAGUGACAUUUGCAUUAAAACAAAUAAUGUUAAUACUUGUGGAAUGUAUAGCUCAACCUCAAGAACCAAUAGCGAGAUUAGGGGCCUCGUGUAUAAGACACAUUAUUUUAACAUCGGGGCAUUUGUUAACUGACAAUCAAUGGGAAGUUGUUUGCACGAGUCUCCAUAGGGCAUGCAAUGUUAGUCUGACUCCAUUGAAACAAUUAACUUAUGCUUUUAAGGAAAACUCCAAUAGCUUCUAUGGAGAUCUGGCAAUUGUAAAAGUAGCAGCAAGACGCGAUUGCUCUGUCAAUGAUAACGUGAGACUGCAUGCAAUGGCCCAGCAAGUGUUUCUCACUGAAUAUUUAAAAAGCGACAGUCAAGUGAAACUAACACCAAAAAAUUCAUCGCAGAACUUAAUGCUUAUCGACGACAGAAGUUAUAUUUUCUUAAUUUAUCUACAAGAAUCUGUAAAUUCUUUAAAUCCAGAACUGUACACUGUCCGUAUUCCAUAUAGAGGACUCGUUGUGGGUUUGUUAGCUCAUCAAAUUUUAGUUCAAAUUAUUGCUACGGUACUCAUCCAAGCUUCUUCCGACGUAUUUCAUGGCAUAAAUAGUAUACUAUUUGAAAGCCUAAAGACUGGUUCUAACGUGUGCAACUACAAAUUUUUCUUAAAUAGUGAUAACAUUGAUUUAAUGCUGAAAAGUUUGGAGCUUUCUUAUAUGAGAGCGAUGCAGUUUGACUCUCGACCGGGGCUGAAAUUUCUAGUUCAGAAAGUAUCUAAUUUAGACAGUGCUGCCAAUCUUUACAAACAGACGACAUCAUCGUGGCUUAUAAAAAUUAUAGCAUUAACUGAGUGUUUCUUUAGUGGAGUUCAUAGAUUCAAAUUAAAACCAACUGACAUAUCUAUCAUUCUACAUAAUUAUACAACAACAUUGAACUUAACACUGGAAUACGAUCGGUUUGUUACCAAAAUAUUUGACUUAAGAGACACGUGGGAAUUGAUAUGCAAUAAUUAUGUAAAGCAGCUAAUUGAUGUAUCUGAUUUUGACGAGCCAGAGCACAUUAAAGAACGGAUGUCUAUCAGUUCAGAAGACUCAGAUGCCUCUUCAAAUCAUUAUGAGCAAUAUUACGCACAAAUAGAAACCACCAAAGAAACUGUUCAAUUGGUUAAAGAAGAAGUCGAAAUCCAUACGAAUGUUUCUGAAGAAAAGUCUCCUGAUAAACCGAAACCAUUUACUUUUGCUGAUUUCAAAGCAAAUAGUCAAAACUCCAUGAAUUCCGAUAAUAACAGAAAUGAAUCACCUAUAUGUAUAGAUAAUGACAAUACUGAAGUUCCUAAUAACGAUAUUCUUAAGUUGGAUCCUGAUGUAAAACGAGAUCAAUCACCAAAUGAAGUAAACUACGCUACAAUCAAUGAAUCACACAUUAUUCUUAUUAAGGAUAAAGAAAUCCGUGUGACAAAUGAGGUUCUUGAUCAUCAAAAUCAUAUUCCCACGCGGAAGGUUAUUACUUUAUGUGAUGGUCCCACAUAUGAAAAACCUAAGCACAUUGAGCCGUUGAUCCCACCACAGCCUGUACCUCCAGAGAUAGAGCAACAAAGAGCAUUGAGCAUAAGCAAGGAUACGGACGUCCAGCGGCACUGCUUCCAGAACAUACUCCUUGCAUACUUGGAACUCAUACUUACGUUCCCAUUAGAAAGGUUCCAGCUGAUCGCACCCGCGUUGCACGGUGGAUUCGCCCAACUUUCCAACACUGUCACAGAUUCGCAACUUCUCGACCGGAUAAACGUAUUCUUCGACAAGAAAGAUUUAUACGAAUUUAAUCAUAAGUGAUCAAUUAAUUGUGAUAAUAUAAAAAUUCACAUAAUAAUUAUUGUAGCCUAUUCCUCUACUAUAUCAAUGUUAUGUGCAAAAUAAAAAUCAAUUAUAUUCGA